AUGGGUGUCAUCUACGCCCGCCGAGAGUGUGGAUAUAAUUCCUGGGGCGAAUGGGUCUGCAGGCCGAGUAGCUGGUAUGAUUGGGGUCGUUGGGUAGCGUUUGCCGUCAUUGUUGGUUGUGCUUUCAUCAUAUUCUUUCUUUUUGCAUGCCAUAACGCUCGCCGCCGUCGCACUCGCGGCCUUCAACCUCAUCCGGGUACGGCAUGGCUUGCUGGCCCGCCUCCCUACGGACAACAACAUCAACAUCCUUACUAUGCAGACCCUCAUUAUCAGCAACAGCCACCGCCUCAGUAUACACCCCAACCGCAAGCCUACGGCUACUUUGGAGGACAGCAAACGGGCAUCGAGUUGCAGUCACCGCCGCAUGCGUAUCACAACGGAGCCGAGCGGGCCUACCAGCCACCACCGGGCCCUCCCCCACCGAAUGCCAGCAAAGUAUAA